UCAUAAUCUGAUUAAGUUAACCUGCAUUUCUGUUUCCACAUUCCUCUACCGCCACUCAGACCAGCCACGGUCAAGGAGGGCAAGGGAAUUGGGUUCUGGAUUCUCAAAGUCUUGUAAACUCCAAAAUGAUGAAAAGACUGUGAAGCCGAGAAAGGAGAAACCCAGACAUCCACCGGAGAACUGGGAAGAACUGGAAGAGCAUCGCUUAUCUGAGAAGUCUCUGUCCUCUAGCUCACGCAAAGUGAGGGAUGAUCCCCAAAUUAUCACUGAGCUGUGUGAAAGGAAAGGGUCUGGCCGUGAGAGGCCCCGGAGACCUCCUCUUCCCAAGAUCAGCGGUGAAGUGUUUCUGAGCAUGGAAUCUGAUGACCGGGAGGCUAGCAGUAGCCAUCGGACUCGGAAUUGGGAAAAACAUUCCAGACACCAAGACAGGCUUUCCCCGAAGUCUUCUCCAAAAGCAGGGAUUCACUGCAAGGAGGCUGCGUAUGGGAGGGAGCGUGGGCAAGGGGAGCGCAGAGAGCGGAAGCACAGGCCCAGGACUCCUCCCUUCUCAGAGAGUGAGGAGCAGCUCCACCUCCAUGACACAGGAAUGAAGCCAAGGGCAAUGAAAGAAUCAGUUUCUACUCCGUCGAGAGUGACCCCCAGAAAUCAGGAAUGGUAUGAUGCUGAAAUUGCCAGAAAACUGCAGGAAGAAGAAAUUUUGGCUACGCAGGUGGAUCUGAGAGCAGCUCAAGUGGCCCAGGAUGAGGAAAUUGCUAGACUUUUAAUGGCUGAAGAAAAGAAAGCUUACAAGAAAGCCAAGGAGAAAUCGUCAUUGGACAAACGAAAACAUGACCCUGAUUGGAAGGCCAAAACAGCUAAAUCACACUCAAAGACAAAAGACAGUGAUGAACCUCAUCGCUCUAAGAAUGACAGGCCUGCACGACCUCCCUCCAGGCCGCCACCACCUACCAUGACAGAUGCUGAGGAUUUGGAUUACACUUAUUCCACACGUCAUUUCUCAAAAUCAGAGUCCUCUCAUAAAGUGGCUGCACCAAUCUUCAUUCCCACCAACAAUGCAUGAGGGUUCUCUUUUCUUCCCCUCUUCGCCAACACUUGUUUGAUGAUUUAUUGAUGAUAGCUAUUCUAACAGGUAUAUGAGGUGAUAUCUCAUUGUGGUUUUAAAUUGCACUUCUCUUAUGAUUAAUGAUGUUGAGCAUCUUUUCAGAUGUCUAUUGGCCAUCUGAAUGAUCUCUUUGGAGAAGUGUCUGUUCAGGUCCUCUGCCCAUUUUUAAAUUGUAUUAUUUGUUUUCAUGGUGUUAAGUUGUUUGACUUUCUUAUUAUAUAUUUUGGAUGUUAACCCCGUACGAGAUGUAUCAUUGCAAAGAUUUUCUCUUCAUUCAGUAGGUUGUCUUUUUCUUUUUGUUGAUGGUUUCCUUCAUUGUGCAAAACCUAUUUACUUUGAUGUAGUCCCAUUUUUUUAUUUUUUUUUAUUUUGUUUCCUUUGCUUAAGGACACAUAUCCAAAA